UCUUUCAUCCCUGCUCCAAUUCUACUUGUUAUUCUUCUUCACGCCGGCUCCUCCUCCAUUUCAGCAGCUCAUUGUUGCCGCCGCCGCCUCUCUCCCGUGAACUGCUGCCGCCGUCGCCGUUCAUCUUGUACCGAUUUUAUACUCCCUUGUUGUUACUGAGCAUUAUUGAAUUGGACUAGUAAAGGGAGAUGGUGAUUCCUCCUCCAGUUAGGCCACCAAGAUUAACCCAGUAUCUAAAGCCAUAUAUCUUGAAAAUGCACUUCACAAACAAGUAUGUUAGUGCCCAAGUGAUCCACUCCAAAACAGCCACGGUUGCUUCAGCUGCAAGCUCCCAAGAGAAGGCGCUGCGGUCGAGCAUGGAGUCGACAAGGGAUGUGGCUGCUGCUGCAAAGAUUGGGAAAUUGUUGGGAGAGAGGCUUAUGCUCAAGGGAAUCCCAGCUGUUUGUGUACACUUGAAAAGAGAACAGAAAUAUCAUGGUAAGGUCAAAGCUGUCGUUGAUUCUGUGAGGGAAGCAGGCAUUAAGCUGCUUUAAUUUUAGUUUUUUGGUUCAAUUUACUUCAUUUUGGGUCAUCCUUUGCCUGAUUUGUUGUUGAGUUUCAUCAAUCACUGCCCAAUUUGCUUCAAUUUGCUUCAUUUUGGGUGAAAUGUAGUGUUUUUAGGUGAAAUGUUUUUUUUCCUGCCAGCUUUUUUGUCAAAUAAAUAAUAACUAAGAGACUAUAUAUA